GCUCAGCCUUGGAACGAAGAGGACGACAACCCAUGGGAGGAUGUCUCAGUGGGCGAUUCAAAGGCACACCCUAGGAUCGAUCAGGGCACAAGCACGACUACGGCAUCGCCGUGCACGGCACUGGCCGCUUCUGAGGAGGAUUGGCAGGAGCUGAACUCCAGCAGCAUCACUCUCCUCUGUCCAUCUCAAGCUACUGCGAACCAGUCGCUUGGAGACGCGAGUGCCUGCACGGCAACUGUGCCGAGCGAUGCUGGGACACUGGUCGAUGCGAGUCCAUCGCCGUGCCAGGACCAGGGCACCAGCAUGACUCCCAUUCUGGCAGAGAGGGCGGUCGCGAGCCCUUUGAGCAUGCCGCCUCCAAGCACCAGCAGUGCUGCUGUGCAAGCCACCGACUUCGUUGGCGAAUCUGAAUUUCUGCAUCAGAUCCCCAAGGAGCCUGUAGCAGAAGAUCUUGUCACGAAAGACAGUCAAGCGCAGACGGAACCAGUAGGUCCGAGGAAGCUUUCCAAGUCCCGAGACCAAGAGCCACCCCGACUUCACCGAACGCAGAAGGGGAUGCCAGAUCCGAGUAAGAGGCAAUCAAGUCGCUGGGCAAUGAAGGAUAACGGGCUGCCGACUGUUCUGAAGGAUUUGGCCCAAACAGUUUCGGCACGGCGUCACUCCAAGGAGACGGUUGGCCAGAGGGAGGGCCAGGGCCCCCGCAAGGAAAGUCCCCACAAGGAGGGUGCCCAAAGCCGGCACCAGAAUCCACGGCCUCAGGGCCAGGGCCCUUCGGGCCCUUCUCGAGUAGCAUCGGCGGACGCAAAGGACCGUCCGCUGUCAAUCUUCGCAAAGCGACAAGCAGGCCAAUCCCCGAAGGAAGAGGAGCCGGCGAAGCCGAAAUCGGCAACCCCGUCUCGAGAGGAGCGGUCGCCAGACCGGCAGCAAGAUCGCCAACGGCAGGACCAUGCUUCUUCGGCUCCAGCACAACGCGGGAGACAGUCAAAUUCACCGAAGACGUCAUCCGCCCGACGGAGUCGAAGCGAUGCAGAUCCAAACCGCGACAAGGUCGACUUGUUCCAGAUACCCGAGCAGCUGCGAGAGGCUCGCCGUCGCACAUCUGAGCUCGAGGCGCAGUUGGCAGAGCUGCGGCAGCGCUUGCAGCAACAGGAACAUCGUGUGCUGGCAGCUGCCCCAUUCUUCCCGCCGCAAAGAGCAGUGCUGACUCCACCUCCAGCUUUCUCGGCACGAGCGCCUGGCGACAGAGCAGUCUUCUGUUCAACGACGGCUCCGGUCUCUCCAUUGACAACUGACCGCGUUGCACCAGAGGCCAGAAAGUUUAUGUCUCUGCAGGUACCACCAGGUGACAGAGAUCACAGAGAGCGUGAGGACCCAGCUGGUGACAAGCUCGUUUCUCCGCUGGUCAGUGCACGCAGUCGAAGCCCGCAGCGACAGCCUUUGAUGGAGCCUUGGAUGGCCCGCUCACAAACUCCGCCAGCCAGGUCAGAUGUGCAAUUGACGUAUUAUCGCCAGGCCUAUUUCCCUUCAAGGGAGUCUGUGCCAGCACCUCCGAAUUCAGUCCGGAUGGUAUCACCCACGCCAGUGACACCUGUGCCAGUCCGUGGCAAUCCACCAGCGAUUGUCCAAAGGUACAUGGCGGCCAGCCCGACCAGAGUUGGUGUCUCAAGUCCAGUUCGAGUUGUUGGAGAGUGGCAGAGGCGAGUUCAGCCAACUACCACCUUCUGGUUUCAGCAGCCGUUUGUGGGCAGACAAACUGCGCCACCUUCGGGACAUCCAGGACCGGGUUCACUCAACGAGCCAGUGGGGCCACCUACAACAGGACAAGCUCCACUGGCCCAAGAUUCUUUGCCUGGCUCGAGUGACAGGCGCUCUAGCUUUCAUGCGGGCUGCUGA